AUGGCCACGACCGAUGUUGGGGUACCAGCUCUACAGGUUGACUACACUAACGUCGACUCUAUUCGAGAGGUUCUUGAAAAGAAUGCUAUCGACACGGUCAUCAGCUGCGUCAACUAUGAAGGCGAUGCUCUCUCUGUGGCCCAAUUGAACUUGAUCAAGGCGGCUACCGACUCGUCCACCACAAAGAGAUUUAUUCCCAGCACGUUUGGCAUCGCUUAUCCCAAAUCUGCCAUAAAGGAACUUCCUAUGCUGGCCGAUUACUUCAAGGCUAUUGACGAGCUGAAGAAGUCGGGCCUACAGUGGACCGUGAUUAAUAAUGGCUGUUUCCUUGAUUACUGGGGUCAGCCUCAUAUAAAGACUUUCCUUCGCCCAUCGCCAUUCGGCUUAGACAUUGCGAACAAAGAGGCUGCUAUUCCCGGUGAUGGUAAUACGCCUUUCUCCCUCACAUAUACUUUUGACGUUGCGAGAUACGUGGUAGCCCUGCAGGAUCUCGAUGAAUGGCCUGAGGUUUCUAGAUUUGCCGGGGACAUUAUUACGUGGAAUGAGUUUCUACGCCUUGCUGAGGAAACAACUGGUUCUAAUUUCAAGGUUACCUAUGACUCUAUCGAGAAGCUGAAGAAGGGCGAAAUGACUGAGCUGCCAUCACAAGUGCCUUGUUAUGCUUUCAUCCCCAAGCCUCAAUUCCAAUGGUUUAUCUCUAUUUUUGCACGGUGGACAGCAGAUGAGGAGAUCUCUCACAUUCCUGCGGAGAUGAACUCCAGGUUCCCUGACAUUAGUCCACUCACUGUACGGCAGAUGCUCAACGUCUGGAGAAAGGAGUAA